AUGUCUUCUCCUCAGGUCAAUAGCGAAAUAAGCGCUGCUCAAUACCCUGCUUUUAUACAGCAUCUACUCAACUACCCAACUUUCGCCGCUCCCAUUAUUCCCUACUUCUUUAAGCCAUACCAGUACGUCUCGCCCAAUGCCCUCGACCGGAUCGAUAAACGAUUUCCCGUCGUUAAGAAACCCACUGAGGAGCUUUACAGAGAUACGAGGGCUCUUAUUCUCCUCCUAUACCACAAGGGCCUCGAGGGCAAGGAUCACGUCUUCCAGGACUACAGCUCGGAAGCUAACAAGAACGAGCAAGCAGGCCUUGUCGCCCACGGAAAGGCUGCAGCUACCACCGUCCUUGUCAAGGCCGAGACUACCAACACGGUCAAUGAGAAGAUCAACCAGUAA